CCUUGUUCCAGGGUCGCGCCGGCAGAGCCCGCCUGUGAGGCGCAGCGCCGGUUGCCGUGAGGAAAGGGGCAGGAGUCGCUGAAUUUUUGUUGGCCUCUGCCUGGCUCAUUCGUGUGCAGCGAGCGGGAGUGGAAGGAAAGUCCCUGCCCUGGCAAGCUGCAAUCUGCCAUUCUCGGGCUAGAAUUUAAUGCUUUGGAGCUCCAUCUGGUACGUACUGAAGGACUUGAGUGAUGCCCAUUCCUUUUGUUGGCCCUCUGCAGAGGGGUGAACUUCUCAAUUGGGUAGAAAGAUGAACACUGCAUCCUGCGGAACAUUGGGGUAGAAAAUUCCAGAAGUGAGGACGAGGUGCCUCCAGUCCCCAGCCUUUCAAACCCAGACAGCGAUCAGCAGAGUCACUCUGGCUACAUCUCUCUAAGAAUGAUGAAGUCCUCUGUACAUACAGAAGAGGAUGACUUUGUUCCAGAGCUUCAGAGAAGCAUUCAUCCCCGAGAGAGGCCGGAUUGGGAAGAGACUCUCAGUGCUAUGGCGAGAGGUGCAGAUAUCCCUGAGAUUCCAGGGGAGCUGCCUCUUCGGACGUGCGGCAGCACAGCGAGCAUGAAAAUGAAGAAUGUGAAAAAGUUAUCCUUUACCAAGGGCCACUUCCCGAAGAUGGCGGAGUGUGCACAUUUCCAUUAUGAGAAUGUGGACUUUGGCAACAUACAGCUUUCACUCCCGGAGGAACAGAAUGAAGUAACAAGGAACGGCUGUGAAUCCAAGGAACUGGUCUACCUUGUGCAGAUCUCUUGUCAGGGCAAGAGCUGGAUUGUGAAACGGAGUUAUGAAGAUUUCAGAGUACUCGAUAAACAUCUCCACCUAUGUAUCUAUGAUCGGCGUUUCUCUCAGCUCUCAGAGCUACCCCGCUCCGAUGCCCUGAAGGACAGUCCAGAGCUUGUCACCCAGAUGCUGAUGGCUUAUCUGUCACGGCUCUCAGCCAUCGCAGGCAACAAGAUCAACUGUGGGCCUGCCCUCACAUGGAUGGAGAUCGAUAACAAGGGGAAUCACCUGCUAGUCCAUGAAGAAUCAUCCAUUAACGUGCCUGCCAUUGCGGCUGCCCAUGUUAUUAAGAGAUACAUUGCUCAGGCAGCUGAUGAACUGUCCUUUGAGGUGGGAGACAUUGUGUCCGUUAUUGACAUGCCACCAAAGGAGCUGACCACAUGGUGGAGGGGCAAACAUGGAUUUCAGGUGGGAUUCUUUCCGAGUGAGUGUGUUGAGCUAAUUAACGACAAAGUUCCUCAAUCUAUGACCAACUCUGUGCCAAAACCAGUAUCCCCUGCCCACGGAGCCCGUCCAGCGUCUUGGAGCUACUUCCCCCCUUAUUUGGAGAUGGCUAGUGUAAAGCCAGGUUCUGCAUGUGUUACAGAGACUCUGAACCAGUCCCAGCUGAGCUCAGUGUCAAAAAAACACGGCAAGCUCAUCACUUUCCUGCGAACAUUCAUGAAGUCACGCCCAACGAAACAGAAACUGAAGCAACGCGGGAUCCUGAAAGAGAGGGUGUUCGGGUGCGACCUGGGAGAGCAUCUCCUCAACUCUGGCCAUGAUGUCCCCCAGGUCCUCAAGAGCUGUACCGAAUUCAUUGAGAAACAUGGCAUUGUGGAUGGAAUAUACCGCCUGUCAGGAAUUGCGUCCAAUAUCCAGAAGCUACGCCACGAGUUUGACUCUGAGCAGAUCCCCGACUUGACUAAAGAUGUUUACAUUCAAGAUAUCCACUGCGUGGGCUCUCUCUGUAAACUCUACUUCCGCGAGCUCCCCAAUCCCCUGCUCACAUAUCAGCUGUAUGAGAAGUUCUCAGAUGCUGUGUCUGCUGCUACAGAUGAAGAACGAUUGGUUAAAAUUCAUGACGUCAUCCAGCAACUACCCCCACCACACUACAGGACACUGGAGUUCCUAAUGAGGCACUUGGCUCAUCUAGCUGAUUACUGCUCCAUCACAAACAUGCAUACCAAGAACUUAGCAAUUGUCUGGGCACCAAACCUACUAAGAUCGAAGCAGAUAGAGUCUGCCUGUUUCAGUGGAACAGCUGCCUUCAUGGAGGUCCGAAUCCAGUCAGUGGUGGUGGAAUUCAUCCUGAAUCACGUUGAUGUCCUCUUCAGCUCCAAACUCAGUUCAGUCAUACGAGACGGGGCAGGUCACACUUCCUUAUCACGCCCCAAAUCACUGCUGGUGUCCUCUCCCUCAACUAAGCUGCUCACCCUGGAGGAGGCACAAGCAAGGACGCAAGCCCAGAUCAACUCCCCUAUAGUGGCAGACAGUAAAUACAUUGAAGUGGGAGAAGGCCCUGCUGCAUUACAGGGGAAAUUCCACACCGUCAUAGACUUUCCAUCUGAAAGAAAACGACCACCCAACAAGAUGAAGAAAUCCCCCGUUGGCAGUUGGCGCUCCUUCUUCAACCUGGGAAAAUCCUCUUCUGUCUCCAAGCGGAAACUACAGCGCAACCCAAGCGAGCCCUCCGAAAUGAAAGCCAUAGCACUGGCAGGUGGGAGAGGAGAUAGUGGGACCCUGCGCUCAGCUAAAAGUGAAGAGUCUCUCACUUCCUUGCAUGCUGUUGAUGGUGAAUCUAAACUGUUCCGGCCUAGAAGACCCAGGUCCAGUAGUGAUGCACUGUCUGCUUCCUUCAAUGGGGAGCUCCUGGGGACCAUGAACCGCUGCAAUUCUUAUGAUAACCUGCCCCAUGACAAUGAGAGCGAGGGGGACGAGGGGCUGAUUCAUGUUCCUGCCCUCAUCUCUCCUAGGUCAGCGGAAGAUGUUGACCUGAGCCCACCGGAUAUUGGAGUAGCUAGCCUGGAUUUUGACCCUAUGUCUUUUCAGUGCAGUCCACCCAAGGCAGAGUCUGAGUGCCUGGAUAGCAGCAUCUCUCUGCUGGAGUCCAUGGGUUUUAACAAGGACAAGCCAAGCAUAGCUAAGAAGGACUUGGAAGCUGCUAGCCAGAGUCAGACCCCUGGCAGUGCCCCGAGCUCUGAACCAGUCUCCCCGUUCCAAGAGAAAAUGAGUCCCUUCUUCACUCUGGACCUGAGCCCAACUGAGGAGAAGGUCGCCCAUGCCUUCUCGCCUAAGAUGGGGCGAAAGCCAAUCAAGUCUCCGCUGGUGACUAUGUCAGAGCCGGUCUCUUUGACACUGCCCAGACAAGCGUGCGAUGGGAUGCCUAGUGCUGCGGGGAGUGCCGCUUCUUCAAACUGGAGCAAAAGCAUUAGCGCCAACGAAGCCACAAACAGGUCCCCAACCCAGAGGGUGUCUUUGCCCCUGAAAGCCAACGAAAUGGCAGCAGGUGAGGGAUGCCAUCAAGAGGCCCAGACCCAGGUGACUGCUGCCAAGCCAGAGUUGCAAGAAGAAGGGGAGCGACCCAUGCCAACCAGCCAGAAUAAGACUGUACCUUCUGGACACACACAGCCAGGAGCAGUUGCCCUCGACUCCCCCCAGGAUCCUGUUCCUGUCAGUUCUGUCUCUCUUAUCCCUCCUCCUCCUCCGAAAAAUGCAGCGCGCAUGCUGGCCUUAGCGUUAGCUGAGUCCGCACAGCAAGCAUCUACUCAGUCCCAGAAGAAGCCAGGAGAUGCUCAUUCUGACUGUACAAAUUAUGGAGAGACUGACGUAGCUAUAGAAAAGGUCCACCUCUCUGCUGGGGCUGCUCCAGACAAGCUCCAUUUCUAUACUGGUGUUCCUGAGAACCAAAUCCACCUCCAGAGUGGGGGACCUGUAGACCAGGACCUCACUAGGACACCUGGGGACCGCAACCAUCUACACAGUAGUACACCUGGAAAUAGGGACCAGCCCCAUCUAGAUACUGGCAUGCCUGGGGACCUGCAUAGUGGCACAAAGGUGGACUGGGACCACUCCAACUUCCAUACUGGAACAGUGGGGGACAAGGACCACUUCUCCUUCCAUCCAGGUGGCCCUGGGGAUUGGGAGCGCACUCCUCUCCCUACAGGUGCUUUGCUUAGCCAGGAACCAUCCACAACAGAUGUGCCUAUAGAUAAGCCCCACCUCCAUACUUGCAUAUCUAUGGAUAAGUAUCACAUCCCUGUGGAGAAGCUUCAUCUCCCUGCCAGCACAGCUGAUGACAAACUCCAGCCUCCUCCUGUAGCUGCCAGGGAGAAAAACGCCAUGGCUACAAUGACAUACAUGACAACUAUCCAGACACCAGCAACUGAGAUGAGUCAUGGAACAGCAGGUCAGGACACGGCGGCUGAACCCGUGGCUCAGGCAGAUGUUAUUGUCACGACUGCUCAGCGCAUUCUUAUGACCAAUUCCCUAGCACCAUCUCAGAGACCAGCAGACCAUCAGCCAGCCAUGGGACAAGUUCCAGCAGUAGCCACCAAAGGAUCAAGUAAUUCCAACCACGUACGAGGAGCACUGCCUCCAGAAAAGCCAGCUGAGCCUCGACUAGCCGAACCUGCUCCAGUUUUUGUCACCGAAAGUAGUUCCGCUACCCGAUGUACUUCGUCCACUGCUGUGUCCCACCAGGGCCAUUUGGAAAAGGCCCGGGAGAACGUCAGGGCUCCCUCUUUGCACCUGCGUUCCGAGUCAGUCCCUGCACACUCCUCCUAUGGCUUUGCACCCCCCAUCCCGCCCGUGAGGACACUGGAGAGUAAGAUAGCUGCAGCCAUGCACUCCAACAGUCUGGAUACAGUGAAUACCUCCACUUACCAUUCCUUCCUGGCUUCCUCCAUUCUGCCAUCGUCCGGGGAGGAGGCCUUGCCCCCACCACCGCCGCCCAAGCAUGCCUCUCUGCAGUCUGCAUAUCUCCCCCAUCCCAAGCCAGAGAGUGCCCCUGAGCCGCCCAUGCCAGAGAACUAUCUGCAUCACAAGCCAGCGUCCGUCCAUCAGUACAGGCCAGAGAGCGUCCCACCACAUCUCUCCUACCACUGCAAGUCCGACCAGCACCAAGCUUACGCCUCCAGAUCGGAAACGCCCACAUCCAUGGGCCCUCGCUACACCGCCUACCCCAGCCAAGGAAAGAGCACAUCAGCCCAUCACUCCAAGCCUCACAGCCGCAUGGAGUACACGUCCUCCAUGAGCCCUACCACCCUGCGGAGCACCGGCUACGCGGAGGAGGCUCCGCCCUACCCCACCAUCCGAAGGGUGCAGUCGCUGCACGUCUCCACCCCUUCCACCAUCCGCUCCGUCCCCAUUUCACGGACAGAGGUGCCUCCCGACGAUGAGCCCGUGUACUGCCCGCGGCCCCUCUAUCAGUACAAGCCAUGCCAGCCCCACUCAGAUUAUCAUGUCACUCAGCUGCAGCCUUACUUCGAGAACGGGCGUGUGCAUUACAGGUAUAGCCCUUAUUCCAGCUCAUCUGGCUCCUCCUAUUACCCCACAGCAGCAGAGGGGGGGGUUUAUGACCUGGACCCCUACAGCACGAUGCGGCUCAGGCACUUCCACCCCCUUCCUAGCCGAGACUUUGCAUCCUACACCUCGAGGCUGCAAAGUAAGAAUCUGUACCGCUAUCCUGGCCUGCCUGCCUAUCCUCGGGGAGGCCUGAUGAGUCACCUGGUGGGAAAAGAGCACAGCUUUAUCAGCAGAGAUGUGCCCCCAGCCCCGGACAUCAAGCACACGUACGUGUCAUGGGACCUGGAGGACAUGGAGAAAUACCGCCUGCAGUCCAUCCGCCGGGAGAGCCGCUCACGCCAGAAAGCGAAAGGGCCAGUGAUGUCCCAGUAUGACAACCUGGGUCCGCUGCUGCAGGAGGAGCUGGACAUCAUCCACCUCCGCAGCAAAUCCGAUCCUGGGAAAACUGGUCUCCUGACUGUGGCCGAAGGGAGGUAUCCAACCACGGCAGCCACCCCUGAAGGGGACGAACGUUACUAUCUGCAGCACUCAGAGGCGGAGCCAGACAGAGCCCAUUACCAUGGGGCCUAUGGGAACGGGCAGUCAGAGAAGCCUUCCCUUCCCCAGAAGCAGAGCAGCAUCAGGAGCAGAAAGCUGCACGAGCCAGGCUGUAACGCUACAGAGCACAGGGGACACCUGCAGCAGGAAGCAAGCCAUCGGCAGCCUUCGGAAUCCAAAAAUGGGCCCCCUUACCCCGACUUCAGGCCAAAGGGUGGCCAGGAACCCAUGGAGCCCAUUGGUUUCCAGCACUCAGGUGGGAAGUACGUCACAGCCGGCCAGGAGGCCCUGAGACUCAACCACAAGGAAGCGAAGCUGGCAGAGGACCGGCCAGACUUGGAAAGGCCUCGAGCCAGGCAAAUAGCUCCUGGCGAGAAACACACCAGAGACUGCUAUAAUAAAGAGGAGGAGCACCAUGUCCAACCCAUGGCGCCACCUCCCAAGCCAGAACGGAGCCAGAGCCUCAGAAUCCGGCAUCCGGAGAACAUGGACAGGGACCCUAGCCUCCUGUACCCAUACCAAACCCUUGGCAAACGCCAAAGCAGUAUGACAGUGUUGUCCCAGUACGAUAAUUUGGAGGAUUACCAUACCAUGCCUCAGCACCAAAGAGGGGGCUACCUUGGAGGAGGGGGGUUCAUGCCCCCUGGCUUUCCCCAUUCACACAGUAGGACAUACGCCACAGCUUUGGGCCAGGGGGCCUUUCUCCCUACAGAGCUGUGUUUGCAGAGGCCGGAGACAGAGAUCCAUGCUGAGUGAGCUGGGGGAAGGAGGGAUAGAGCCUAAGCAGCCUCUGCUGGACAGUGGACUGUUUUAUUUUUUCAAUGACAAAAUUUAAAAAAAAAAAGCACCCCACUCUCAACCCUGCCACCAGCUCACCACUCAAUGUUUGUCCUAGGUGUAUAGUUUUCUUUCGUGUCGUUUGAGAGGUUGGAAUGAUCGUGCAGGCUGUGUUGGAAUGCGGAAAGAUGAGCCAGGACCCAGAGAGGCAGAGCAGAUCUGAAAGAGGCAUGGUGUGGAGGGGAAAAGGGGUUUUCCUUCCCCUGGUUUGACACGGGCUGCUGGUUGCAUGCAGCUUUCUCUUGGCAUAUCCAGUCACUCUCCCAGCUGCCAACAUUAGAGGAGUUGCAUGGAUACGUUUUACCCUUUGAAUGAGAUGCCAGGGGGGAGUCUCUGUUCUGACCCUUUCAGAUUGCAUCAGUAGCACACUGCAAGCUGUGGGAAAAGGACAGCUUCCAAGUGUUGGUUUCCUCCUAGAUUAUUGGUGCUCUGCCUCCCCUUGAAAAUUGUGCAGGGGUAGACAGAGAUUGGCCCCAAGACAGAACACAGGCUGGUUUUUAAAGGCUCAUCAAACAAGCUGCUUCUGGCUAUAAGAAGGGAUAUUUACUGAAACUCAAGCGUUCACCCUCAUUCUGUAAAUGGAGAUGAGCUUUGAAAGUAAAAAAACCUACCCCCUCUCCCCCACACACACACACUUGGGUACAGGUGAUUGAACAGCAUACACAUUUCAUGCUAAUUCCUCUUUACUUACAGGCUACCUGCAGUACCAGCUAUUUAAUUGCACGUCCUAGCUGGCCAGAAACUACUAUCUAUUUACAAUGUCACUAGAUGAUUACGUCCAGCUUGUAAACUAGAGCACAGGUUCCCUGCUGGGAGCGACUUGCACAACCAUGGAGUUGCUCUGGCCCAAAUAACUCAGUCCUUCAUGGAAAACUCCUGUUGACUUUCAUAUGCGGCCUACAGGAUGAGGCCCUCACUCAUGAGAUUGCAGUGAGUUGAUGUAAGCACAGAGCAGUUACGUGCAUGCUAUGAAAUAGCAUUGCCUCCCUUCAGGCAGCGGGAAGGGAAGGGACAGUGCACUUCUUUACAGCACACACCUGGUGUUGCCUUGCCUAUUUAAUAGAAACAAGACAGCGUUUCAUCUGCAGCCUCUCUGGGUUCACAGCCAUUUUAACCCGGCUAUAAAUCACAUACAUUUUAUGAGACAGGGCUUCCUAGAAAAUCCUUGAGAUUUAGCAUUUAAAACAUUCAGAGUUCACCCAUGGUACUGGGACCUUUCAUGUACUGGUGGAUCACACAACAUCUCUCCCUGUUUUGAAAUUCAGAGGGUUUACUUAAAGAAAGCACCUGAAAAGUUCUCUUAGCUGGAAGUCCUGCAGCUAGCAUAGCUAAGAUUAUUAAAGGAACUCAUGUCAGAGCCUCCUAGAACAAGUGUUUUAUUCAUUGCUAUUUUGGGCUUUUAAAGUAAUAAUAAAAACCUGUCAGCGCUCACAGGGGACCACCACCCUUCUAGUAGGUACCUAGUCAUUAGGAUUUUGGUUCUUUUACUCUCAUAGCCUUUUCUGGGGCUGUUUCAACUAGGAUAGCCUAUGGUCUGAUUUUAUUGUGCAAUGUAUUGUUUUAAGAAGAAUGUGUUCAAUAUAGAGUUUUUCCUAAAUGUUAUGGAAAUAAAUUUAGCUGUCAGGAAAAAAGCACUGUGAUCCAGGUUACCUCAAUAUCAUUCACCUUGUGACUAAUUAUCAACUAGAGGGUAUUAUUCUUUGGGGGUGUGUGAAAAGGGCUGUUAGCUGAGAACACGGGGCCACUUCUGCUAGUAAAUCUGGCUUUCCCCAAUAUAAUCUGUCCAGGGGAGUCUAGCUACAGUAGUCAGUCAAGCUAUGUUUAGAGACUAGUAUUGGGUCUUCGCACUUCAUCUCCCCUCUGCUGUUCCAGAGUGUCAGCCUCCCUUGUUCUGGAUUUGGGGCAGGUACAGGCUAUUCAGGUGACAAGGACAGCCUGUCAAAUCUCUCCCCCUCAAUGCCUUAAUUCUCUCCACCAUCCUCUCUGUGUUGGCCUUAAGUUACCCAGAGAAAUAGCUGAACUAAGCUGCUUUGAAUGUCUUUGCUCAUUUGCUUGCUCCUAUAGGGCAUAAACAGUAUCUCCAAAAGAUUUCCACUCCUUACAAGCCGUAGCAGCAAGAGACAGAGCCUGGGAUCUCCGCCUGAUCCAUUGUUCACAGCACUCUACCAUCACUGGGUUCCUUGGAAGUCAAGGCCCCUCAGCACCAUACAGGAAUGGCCCCAUAAGUGAACAACUGACCCCAUCACUAGGGACUUGUCUAGACAAAUUAAAUUAAAUUAAUCUGGAAUAAAGGUAGGGUGUGACUUUAGAGCAAACUAGCUAUUCCUGGUUAACCUCCAUGGAUGGAUGCUCUUAUACCAGAAUAAGAGAGCUUUAGUCCAGAUUAGAUUAAUCCCUGGAUUAAACUAAUUCAGAUGUUCUUAUUCUGGAAUAAGAGCCUCCACGCAUGGAGUUAGUCAGGAAAUAGUGAAGACAGACAAACUGAUUAAUGGCGUCACAGGUUGUGCCCACUCUUGGCCCUGUGCGGUCCCCCCUUCAGUAAGACAGCCCUUCUCGGGGGUCGCCCUCUGCAUGCAAACCAUUGGAAACACAAGAAAAUCCACCACUUUGUCACAACAUCUCUGUGAUAACAGCCCUCUAAGAGAUCAGGGAUCUUUCUUUUUUGUUCCAGCAUGAGACAUUCAUUCAGCCUCUUCCCUUUAACGUACUUGGGAACGAGUUUAUCCCUAGUCUCCUCCCAUGCCCAGCCUUAUCAACAUGUGAUUGGAGGGCCAGCAGCCCUGUAAGAGUCCAGUGUUAGGGCAGGUGCCCUAAUGAAGGGGUGAGACUAGAGCAGCAAGCAAGGAACAUGAACCCUUCAUGGGCACGCGACUGCUAACAGCUGCUAAUAUUUUGAACCUUCUUUCCCCCUUGACAAAGCCAUAUAGUGAACUAUGCAGUUCUGCUCUUGUACUGUGGUUACAUUUUGGAACUUGAUGGCCCUUAGAGAAAUGGUCCCACCCCCUUCAUUAGAUUAUACACCCAACAGUGUCCAUUCUUCAGGAAAAAGGGGACGGGAAUUGCCCCAGGUCACUCAAGAGUCUCAGGUGGCCCUUGGCCAAGUAAUAGUUGGGUAUGAUGCACAAUAUGACAUAUAGGGGGAUUAUUUAGAAGUCCCAUCAGUGAAUGGGGUAAGGAGGGGAAAAAAUAGGAUGAUAACGUACCAACUAUGUGCCAGAUUCCGCUCAUCUGUAGUAACCUAUUGUCUAAGUAUAACUUCAGUAAGAAUCCAUGAGCAGUAGCAGAUUUGGCAAGUUCCCUAUACCUGUAUCACUGCCUGCCUGCCUCUUUAUUGCCACUUGCUGAGUUUUCAGCUUAAUUUCUCAUUACCAUGUGAGAGAGUUUGGGCCCAGUUCUGCUCUGGGAGUGGUGCAGAGAUCUGCUCUGGAUUUGCACCUGCAACUCAGAGCAGAAUGUGGCGCAUAAAGCAAGCUCUCCAAGAGUACAGAUGUUGAGCUAACAACCAAGGCAUGGGCCCUGGCACAUCUACUUCAGUUCUGAUUUUAAAAAUUCUGAUCAGGUUUAAACUUUAUGCAUAUGACAGUAAAAACUUUGUGCCUACAGGUCUUUACAGAGGUAAUAGGCUUGUGCUUAUCGCUUGGGGGUGGGGGGUAGGGGUAUCAGUGAGGAUUGCACAGGUGUAGCAAAUUGCUACACAAAACUAAAACAAACUUGAAAAAUGUAUUGUUCCCUUUAGCUACAAAAGGGACAGACCCUCGUGUGUAGUCUUUGCCAUUCAUCUCAUUGGUAUGUAGACAAAGCAUUGACUGAAACAGUUUGUAAUGUGCUAGAAAAUCUGAAUGAAAAAUUGCAUUGAACAUUUAUUUUUUAAAGGGCCUGUGACACUUUUCCAGAACCUUGUGCUACAGAAGUCUGAUGCCACAGACAUGGUGUAGUUUAAAGAGGUGUACACAGUAACCCCAGUGCGUGCAACCAUUCUUGCAAAAACCAACACGCAUGGUGAUUUUUGCAGUUCGUUUUCCUGCUGUAGAAAUUUGACCCUUUUUGCCCUAAGCCGCACGAGAGAGAAAUCCCAGAAAGCCUUAGGAUUACCUUCAGCGUUCCCUUCACUUUAAUUUAUAGAGUGUCUUAUUUUCAUGUUUGGGUUUUUUUGUUUUUGGUGGAAUUUUUGUGAACUAGUGUAAAAUGUAUAUGCUGACAAGCUCAUGUAUUUUUAUGUAAAUAUUUUUGUGGUUUUCCCAGCCCCGCUCUGUAAAUACUUAGAUUCUCAUUUUCUUUCCACUUUGUAUGAUGCGGAUGUGGUUUUGUUUUCUGUUUUUAUUUGUACUGUAAUGCAAUGAUCCAGACUGAGGUGUCUUGUAGUAUUUAAAAAAAAACAAGUCAGCAGUUCCACUGAGCUCACAUUCAGAUGUACAACCCAACAGCAUUAAUCAAGCCAGGUUAAAACCUACUCCUUUACAUUUGUGUGUGUUUGUGCCUCGGCCAGGUUAAUUAACAAUAUACUGAAAAGCGAUAGGGCAUGGGAAAACUAGUUUAGAGCCAUGAGGUUUUGGGGCCAGGUACCUCGAAAGACAAGAGAGGUGAUGAGUGCUGUAUUUACGUGCCAAGCCUAUUGCAAAUUGCUGCCUGUCAGUCUGUCCCGGCGCUUAUCUGUUCAGUUACACCUGUGGCAUAACUGUUCUGAAAAGAAAAAAUAAACCAACCUUGGCUUU